AUGGCAACACCGAGCAUCUCACCCAUGGAGUCCACCACUUCCUCCUCAUCAACAAACUCGCACAAGACCUCGACAAGCUCGCUGAACCCGCACCUUGAAGGCGGCUACGACUACGUCUUCCCUGCCCACAAGAAAACAACCACCUCAAACACGCAAGGCCUCUCCGAAAACACAAAGUCGCUGUACAAACAAUUACUCCACCAAAAGCCCUUGAUGCCUGCUCUUUCGGACGACCACACCGUACUUUUCUCAAACGGACUGCAAUGGCUUCUCGACACAGCCACCGAGACGGAAAGAGCUGCUGCUGAUAGAAAGCGAAGAGAAAAGAGAAUGGGAGCUCCUCUGACUGAGGAUGCCGUGAGAGCACUUGACAGCAAUCCUCGUAUCAAAGAGCUUGGAGACUUGGACAGUGUGAGUGCUGCGAGUGUUGAUCGGGCACGUAUCGAUGCUUGGGUAACCGAGAUGGAUGCUGCGCCCUGA